UUUCGUCGGGUCCACGAUGACGGCCUUUGACACAGCUAUUACUGUUCAAUCAUAUCACGCACAUUUUCUAAACUUGACCCCACAAAUCUAUGGUAACGACACAGCGAUCGACAAAGGCUACGCUUGACUGCAACUCACAAAUAGCAGUCUUCGCGUCAUGGCUGACAGUGCCCCCUCCCUUCCUGACAAUAGCGUGUCCUUCGCUAACCCCGAGCUCGACACAAAGAAACUACACAGCUUGCCUUCUGAGCAGCAGGGGCUGUAUCUUCUCAACUUUACGGCAGACCUUGCUCGCUUCGUCUCCAAUCUUGACGCUGAUAGUGCAUCUGCAUACCAAGUCUACAUUAAGAAAGAGGUCUUCAAGAUUGUGAACUUGUCGUCGCCGACACCAAGCAGAGUGAUACGGAACAACCUAGGCCGAUCGCUCGCAGGCAUCUUCGCAAAGGGAGAUCGUAAAUUGCUUUUUGAAACCAUAAAUGAGCUGGUAGCAAUCAUCAAUGCUGGGAAGGAAAAGGAAAUCACCCUCAGACACGCUGCCGUGCACUGCCUCGGCGCUGUGUACGAAGCUGCCGGCGACAGUGCAAUCAACCUCGCUUCGCUCGCAUGUUCUACUCUCUUGAAAGGCAUCAAGCAGGCACAGAACAACACGGGCUUCCGAGCCUCACUCUUAGAGGCUCUCGGACGACUAUUCGUCGGCAUAAAUUUGUCAGCCGACGAAGCCAUGGCGAGGGAUGUGUGGAAGCAGGCGCGAGCGGCUUGCAGCAAGGAUAGCGCUCUACUCGUUCAGGCACGAGCCUGCUUGUGCCUGGAAAACCUCAUCACCCACACGUCAUUUUUCGACAAUUCUAACGACUUCGAGAAGCUUCAGAAUGCCAUUUGGAAGACGAUUGACAGCCAAUCACCCAAGGUGCGGAGAGCAUCCGCAAACUGCUAUGCUGCCGUGCUGAUCAAGAGCUAUUCGGAAACACCGAGCACUGAGCCUUUGCCGAGAAUCAAGAAAAUGAAGAAGAGCAUCAAGAAGGCUGGCGGCAUGGCAGAAGGUGACGAGGAGGACACUGAGAGACCGGACUCGCCUGUAACAAGCAAGCCUGCAACGCUGCUAUCAUUUUCGCUCCUGGAUCUUCUACGUCAAAUCGGCGAUCAUUACACAAAGCCGGCUACGAGUAAUCGGGCAAGAGCUGGGCUAGCCCAAUGCUAUGUCAAAACCCUAAGAGGGCUCGGAGCGAAGAUUAUUGAACAAAACUAUCCUGCUAUCGCCCGCCACUUCUUUUCGUAUUUGCUGGGCUACCCGAGCAUCACACAUAACCGCUACCGCUUGCUCAUCACGAGAAAGUUUGUCCGCUUGAUUCUUGAGGACGUCGUUGGUAAGGAGAUCCUCGGCGAGAGCGCACAGCUUAGUGCUGCCAAAUUCUUGGUCAAUGAUAUUUUAAAGGACUACCCUCAAGCGAUCAAAGAGCGGCCAGAGCCAAACAAACAUACUCUGACCGCCGCUUUAAGUGCACUGGCGAGCUUGAUGCAAUCCCUAGGCUCGAUUAUUUCAAGCAUCGCCGAAAGCAUCAGAGACGCUUUGCUUCAGGGAUUGCAGCAUCCAAGCUAUACGGUACAGAUUCACACUUCGUAUUGCUUACGAGCUUUCGUGUCCGCUUGCCCGCAACAACUGCUAGCCACAGUCACGAUAUGUAUGAACAGUGUCAAUCGUGAGCUGUCUUUGCUGGGCAGUCUCCGAGGUUCUCCUAGGCGGUGUGUGGGCUAUGCGAACGGUCUGUCAGCAGUUCUCAGCACCUCGACUUAUCAGCCUUUAUAUGGAUCGAUUGAUGUGUACUCUCGUGUACUUACUCAAGCUAUGACAUUACUCAAGUCGAGCGGAAGCCAAGAUCUUAGGGUUUCCAGCACACAGAUACAAGUCGCGUACAUUUUAAUCGGCGGCCUGAUGAGCCUAGGGCCGAAUUUCAUCAAAAUACAUCUUUCGCAGCUACUCUUUCUAUGGAAAAACGCUCUGCCUAAACCUAUGAACAAGGAGAACAUAUCUUCACGAAACCUUCUGGAGUUGAGCUUUCUUGCUCACGUCAGAGAAUGCGCUUUAGGCUCAAUAUUUACUUUUCUUCAAUACAAUAGCCGCAUACUGACUCUUGAUGUGACGAAGCGGCUUGCAGCCAUGUUGCAAAAUACAGCCAUGUUUCUAAAUAACAUUCCUAGCAAAAAAACAACUGAAGAUUCAUCACAGAACUUAACGCGGAAUCUACAACUACUCGACUUUGAUCUAAUGGUUCGUAGGAGACUUCUUCAAUGCUACACACGAUUGCUUAUCGAUGGGCCGGAAGGAAGUACUGAAGUGCUUCUACAGUCGGGUCUUUUACCGCUGGCCAUUUCAUGUUUUGCGGACCCUGAAAAUUACGCACCAUCUUUAAGCGCUUCGAUUGCGAGCGCUGCGGGUACUUUCGAGAGCAUCUGGGAUCUAGGCGACAACUACGGCUUCGGAGUCACUGCUUUGAUACACGGCUUCGACAUGGACGCCCUACCUGGAGAGGUUGAUAGAGGCAGCAGGCAGUGCUGGAUCACAAAACGAGGCCUAGAAGCGAACAUUGACCAGACUCUUUUACAGCCCACAUGUGGUGCGCCAGAGCAUGAUUCGCUCGCUUUAUACAAAGAUGGUCUGCAUGAACCAGGAGAACCUCCUCAUCCUCUUGCAACUCAGGUUGUCGACGCGGCAAUACAGCUUUUUGCUACCAGUCUGCCUCUUCAGAGCUCAAAGGUACAGGAAAGCAUGCUAGAGCAGCUAAGUUCAUUUCUUUCCACUAGCGACCUCCAACGCGACCCGGCAAGGAAGGCAGCCAUGAGCGUUAACAUCGCAACAGCCAUUUUUUCUGCGCUCAAAGUGGCCGUAAAGGAAACUUGCCUCGCUCCGGGUGAUUUGCAUGGCGAAGGUGUGGCAAGAGCUAUGCGCGAGCUACUGCGCAGCUUUUUGCUGAGUCCUGAUCAAUAUCUUAGGAACAUUGCUGCGCAAGCGUUGGGCCGUUUGUGUCGAAGUGCAGGUAAUGCCUUUACUGUCAAAGAAGUUGACGAUCUCAUCGAGCAUAUCAUAUCAAAUCGCGACCCUGUUGCACGAAGCGGAUGUGCCGUUGCGCUCGGCAAUAUCUACGCACAGCUAGGCGGCAUGACAGCGAGUUUUCAUCUCAAAAAAAUCUUGAGUGUACUCAAUUCCCUUAGCAGUGAUCCGCAUCCCGCCGUGCAUUUUUGGGCUUUGGAAAGUAUCACACGCGUCGCCGAUUCUGCUGAUCUGAAUUUUGGUCCGCACGUCACCAGCACGCUUGGACUGGCCGCUCAAAUAUACAUGGAAGACACACAUAAUGCUGAAGCGUCUGCUUUAUCGUCAUCAAACUUUGAAUUUGAACUGCCAACUCCAGCUGUUGUGGCAAGAUGUAUCGACAGCAUCAUCAACGUUCUCGGGCCCGACUUACAAGAUUCAACAAAGGCGAGAGAUUUUAUAAUGGUAUUGAUUGACCAGUUUCAGGCUGAAGAUGAAGAGUUAGUGCUGGUUGAAAGUUUGAAAUGCCGGGAGCAUUUGUCGCUUUAUGCGCCCGGAUACGUAGACUCCUCCGCCUAUGUGAAGAGCCUGCAGCGUUGUCUUGACUCGCCUUUGUGGCGAAUACGCAACAUGGCAAUCGAUGCUUUAUACAACACAAUGCGAAGAAACGCCGAGGAGGUCAUGGGGAUCGCUGAUCCAGGCCUGGAAGACAAGCUUUGGCUAAUGCUCAAUGCCAUACCUGACCAGGAAGUCAUCAAAAACAUGAUGCGCAAUUGGAUGCAUCAAACAGGCUUGUCCGAUGCCGCAACUUGGGUUCAGAGAUGCAAUGCUGUUUUAUCCAAGCUUACAGUUAAGGAAGAUGCGGCCGCUAAAAAUGCAGAUCUCAAAAUCGAUAACACUCACGCAAAUUUGCAAGACGAAGAAGUUGCCGGGUUUGCCGCCAGUGCAAAUAGAGGUGACCCAGCCACCGGUGGCUCGACGCAAGAAUACCUCAAGUGGCAGACCAGAACAUUCGCUAUGGACCUAUUAUACGAUCUUAUUAGCACCAUUACGCGCGAUGCAGCGACCAGUGAAGAGUCUCCUUCACAAGAGGCACUGCAAAGCAGAAUUGCUGAUGUUGUACGCAUAUCAUUUUCGGCUUCCACCGCCAAUGUCGUCGAACUUCGCCUUCGUGGGCUCCGAAUCAUCGAUCAAAUCCUCAAGUUGUUUGGGAAAACGCCAGAUCCAGACUUCACAGAGGCGAGUUUGCUUGAGCAAUAUCAAGCUCAAAUUAGCUCUGCCUUGACUCCGGCCUUUGCAGCUGACUCGAGCCCAGAGCUUGCCGCACAGGCGAUCAACGUUUGUGCUACAUUCAUUUCGACGGGCAUUGUGAAAGAUGUGGAAAGGAUGGGAAGAAUUCUAAAACUGCUCGUUUCGGCUUUGGAAAAUUUCUCAAAUGAGUCUGAAAAUGCCGCUAUUGGCGACCUCAAGGGCCUGAGCUCGAAUGCUUUAGUAAUGGUCAAGAUGUCUGUCUUCUCCGCUUGGGCUGAAUUGCAAAUUGCCAGUGCUGAGCAGCCAUAUCUUAAGGAAGUGAUGAAACCGCACAUGGCAAAGCUGACGCCUCUCUGGUUAGCGAGCCUCAAAGAGUACUCGCGUCUAAGAUUUGAACCAGAUAUUUCUACCACGACGAGUGGAACUGCAACUAUAAGCGGCAACUUGGAUUCUAUCUACGCAGCACUCAAUCGAGAAACCUUGCUGCAAUUCUAUCAGGCUUCUUGGCUGCAACUUGUUCAUGCUAUCGCUAGCCUCAUUGACGAAGAUAGCGAGUUCGUGUUCGAUGCCCUGGACGGAAAAGUUAAGGAGACAAAGGAACCAGAGGCAGCAGCCAACACAUCCGUAAGACUGAAGUCGAGUGAGAUAAACUAUCGGGACGAGCCGGUUGCGUUCUUCUUUGUGCUUUUUGGCCUAGCUUUUGAGGCACUUAUCGCUCGCUCUAAAAGCGGCGACUUGCAAAACAACACGCAACAGAUACUCGAGGUCUUGGAUGUGCUCAAGAAGAUUCUCAAACCAUCAGUCUCUGGUCAAGCCAUUUAUCGUGAAGUUGUUUUUGCUGAGCUAACGGACAUGCUUGAUCGACUUGUACUGACGGAGCCAAUGAGCGUACAAAUUGUUAUCGUGGAGAUAGCUCGAAACUUAUGCCUAGGUCACCCAAGUGCAAGGAUUGGCUACACUGGCGAGGAGGAGAACUUAAGCGAUGAUAUUGAUCAGAUGUUUGAGCUUACUAGGAUAAUCGUGCUAGUGCUGGCCGGGCUGGUGACGAACUUAACCGAGGACAAGUCCCGAGUUCGCUACGAACUGAGUGACGAGGCAAUUGCAUUACUUUCACAGUCACUUACAGCACUGGUGGAUGCAUCUUCUGUUUAUCCCACUGUCAUCAAGACAGACCUACAUGCGUGUAUCCUUCAUAUAUUUGCAACUAUCCUAGCCACUCCUUCAUGCCAGAAAGCAGUCGUACCGCAAGCCUUGCCGAUACUCAAAAGGUUUUUAACCAGUAUUGCAUCGUCUCCGCAGCCAGAGACACAGACACAGCUCCGAAGUGCGUUGGCUCGCUUUCUAGCUGUUUUGAAGAAGGCCCAGCAAAGAGAAUUUGAGACUGCGGUUCAAUGCGAGAAGAACGCACUACUAGCUUGCACCAUCCUUCUUAGCUCCGUGAGCUGGUUGUUUGCAGCCGAGGAUAUCCUCCUUCAGCGAUUUGCUGCUGAAUUGAUUGACUGUUUAGAGAAUAGGAUCCCAAGUAAAAUUGCAGCAAAUUGUGUGAGGAGCCUGCUUCUCAUGCAAGAUAAAUCUGAUGCAGACGAAGCGCUUGGUGCGAUGUUGUUGCCGCAUUUGAUCAAUUUCAUAACGCAGCCCUCAGACACAGAGGGCUUGGAAGAAAGUCGUUCAUUGAUAACAUCUGCAUUAACAUCUUUUGUACUCACUGUUGAACGCCCGAAAGUGCCUAUCGCCAUGGCGCUUAUCUUACCCACCUUUCUGAUCAGGGCAUCGAAUGAAGGCAGCGUGGUAUACAAAGAGAUUGCCGCCGGUAUCUUACACUGGGCUUCGGUCGAGCAAGAGGUAUUUCGUUCAACUGUUGCAGGAUUCAGUGCAGAGCAAAGACAACUUUUGGAAUUAGUUAUCAUGGAAGGAGGACCAAAGAGACAGGUGGUGCUUAGGAAAGAAACAGGAGAGCCUAGCAUUGCGCUGAAAAUGAAUUUCUAAGCAUAAGAAAACAUUUUUCCUAACAAUGCUAUUUAAUACCAUUUGAUUUAAAUUUUUUUGCAAAUAA